GCGCGCGCGAGUCUUUGUGCCCGAGAGAGAGCGAAAUUGUGUUGGGUCGAGCUGUAGUAAAAGCAGCACCCGUUUCUUCAUUUUCCUGUGCUUGCAUUGUUAUUUCACCUCGCCUCGCCUUUCCUCUGUGCAAUGGAUGGGUUUCUAUGAUCUAACCUAAGAUUAUGUGCCUGGUGGAGAGAAUAUAACAACCAAAACAUCCCAAAUACUUGCAUUGAUUGAAGGACCCGAGCCAUAUCUAAGGACCGGAAAAUAGAGACUUAGGGUUGGCUAUUUUGGCUUAGGUCAAUAGGCAGCGUGACUCAAAACACCCUAGCAACUGCAUAGCGACUCUAUCAAAGCAUCAUAGUGUGGGCAUCUGGAGAGCCUCCUGUUUCCGCCUCCUCGUGUUGCCAAACUACAAUGAGCAGUUCUACUCCAUCCACAGCUAAUGGCAACGACAGUAAACCUUAUAAAGGAGAACGAUCUCAAUGUGCCCCCUCCCGCGUGCUCCACGUUCGCAGAGUUCCCAUCGAAGUGUCCGAGGCAGAGGUCAUCUCACUAGGAGUUCCUUUCGGCAAAGUCACCAAUCUAUUGAUGCUUAAAGGGAAAAAUCAAGCUUUCAUAGAAAUGGCUUCUGAAGAAGCAGCCAUGACCAUGGUCAACUACUACACCACAGCCACACCCCACGUCCGUAACCAGCCUGUCUACAUCCAAUACUCCAACCACCGUGAGCUGAAGACUGACAACCUGCCCAACCAAGGGAGGGCUCAGGCUGCACUGCAAGCUGUAAGUGCAAUGCAUUCUGGGAACAUGAGUCUCUCUGGUUCUGCCACGGGUAGUGACGGUGGCAUGAUGCCUGGACAAAGUCCUGUACUUCGCAUCAUUGUGGAGAAUCUCUUCUAUCCAGUGUCUCUUGAAGUGCUACACCAGAUCUUCUCCAAAUUUGGAACAGUCCUGAAGAUCAUCACUUUUACCAAGAACAACCAGUUUCAGGCCUUGCUACAAUAUGCAGAUCCAAUGAACGCACAUCACGCCAAAGUGACUUUGGAUGGGCAGAACAUCUACAAUGGCUGCUGCACCUUGCGUGUGGAGUUCUCCAAACUGACCAGUCUGAAUGUGAAAUAUAACAACGACAAGAGCAGGGAUUUCACACGUCUGGACCUUCCCUCAGGUGACGGACAGCCCGCGAUGGACCCCACCAUGCAGACGGCUUUUGGGGCUCCUGGGAUAAUUUCCACUCCAUACCCCGGGGCGGCUGGAUUCGCACCCGCUAUUGGUUUUCAUCAGGCAGGUCUGUCCAUGCAGACGAUGCCUGGUGCUUUGGGACCUCUGACCAUCCCUUCAUCCGCAAUGACAGGAAGGAUGGCCAUCCACGGCAUGGCCCCUACCGCCAUCCACUCUGUGCUUCUCGUCUCCAACCUCAACCCUGAUAGUAUAUCCCCCCAUGGCCUCUUCAUUUUAUUUGGAGUCUACGGAGAUGUUCAUAGGGUGAAGAUUCUGUUUAACAAGAAAGAAAAUGCUUUAAUACAGAUGGCAGACGUCACACAAGCUCAGCUUGCGAUGAGCCAUCUGAACGGUCAGCGUCUGUACGGUAAGGUGAUCCGUGUGACCGUCUCAAAGCACCAGACGGUGCAGCUCCCCAGAGAGGGUCAGGAGGAUCAGGGCCUGACCAAAGACUUUAGCGGUAGUCCACUGCACCGCUUCAAAAAGCCCGGCUCCAAAAACUUCCAGAACAUCUUUCCUCCCUCCGCUACUCUACACCUCUCAAACAUCCCUCCCUCCACCACGGAUGAUUUUCUGAAAGACCUAUUUGCCAGUUCUGGAUACACGGUCAAGGCCUUCAAGUUUUUCCAGAAGGACCGCAAGAUGGCAUUGAUCCAGCUGGGUUCGGUGGAGGAAGCCAUCCAGGCUCUCAUCGACCUUCACAACCACGACCUGGGAGAAAACCAUCACCUGCGAGUGUCCUUCUCCAAGUCCACCAUCUAGCAGCUCCUUCACUACAAACAAACCCUCUCCCCGUUUCUCCCCAGUCCAGCCCUUUGAACCUCAGUUUGACUGUUUCCUUCAGAGAAACUACAACCGGCUGAGGACCUCUCACAAACGUUACAAAUAUUAAUGGGGUAGUUUUAGAGAUUUUUCCAAAAAAGUAAAAAUGAAACAAAAAAUGAAAUGACAGACUACUACAGAGCGUCAAGUCUUGAGAAUAAAUUACUUUUACUCUCACGACACAACCAGGGCUGGAGACACACGGGACGUCCACAAGCAAACGCGAUGUCCCUGGGAGGAAGUAGACUCUCUAUAUAGUCAAUUGCAGGUAAAGACUUCGACGGACACGACGUGACCGUUCAGCGCUGAGGAAGGUUCUUCGGUUUCUUGUUCCAAAAGCAUUGGAGACUGACAGCUCCUGUAGCCCAAUAGCCUUGUGACCCCCUGACCUACGCAAGAACCGGAGUCUCAUCUUCUGUGCAUCCCCCAAAAUCCGACACCUUCACUCUCAUUGGCCGUUCAUCGCAAUUUCAGAAUUUCCUGUGGAAUGUGUUGGAUGCAAAAGAGGUCACCGUAUGAAUGUCGAUGACAAGGUGCUGCUGGAAAACAAAAUCUGUAGCGACGGGCUCGUCCUUUUCCUUCGAGUAGCAUUAAAAAACAAGAGUGCUAUGGAUUCGAGUUCAAAUUCAAUCACAACAAACCUUUUGUUGUUUCUUGGCACUUUGCUUGAUUCGAAUUGUAGAAAGGCACCACUGGGAAUGUUGUCGUCGUAUCUGUUUACCGUGCAAAGAUGCAUAGCCAGAUGGUAAGCGUCUGUGAAUAGAUAGUGAAUGGUGUGAUUUGUUCUUUUUCUCUCUUGUAUAAUGGAAAUUUUAUAUCGGACAGAACGGCCGUUCAUGGGCUUCUGCACCUGCGACGCUGUCAGAGUACAUCUGCGCACAAUGAUGAUGCCUGAUGUCAACCGUCAGUCCAGUCGAUCGGUUUCCGGAGAGACCUUUCGCGUAACGCGCGGGAUCGUUCCGGAAAUUAACGGCCAGCUGUCAGUCUUACUGGGACGCUCCAAUCAGCAACGCCAGCCUGACGGAGGCCCCGCCUCCUCCCACGUGAAAUUCUGAAUGUGAAUGGUGUAGCCCGUGAUCUAGAUGACGUGAAAUUCAUGAUUUCCUACAUAUUCUGUUUUCCCUUUUUCUUUUCGUUCAUUUCUCUUCUCACCACAUGGGGGCAGAUGAAGUUCUGCUCUAUUUCCUCUGUUCUUUAUCUCAUUGGCUCUGUGUGAGAGUUUGCAGCCAUAUGGGCUUUGUAGAAACCAUCGAAACACAGGACACUCUCUUUUGCCUUGCAGUCCCACACUAUAUGCCGCCGCAUCCGAGUAAACCAAAUAUUCCACAAACGUAUAAGAGAUUUACUUUGUUUAAAACCUAGUGAGCUGACUGCUGUCUAUAGCAUCCUAACCUCCAUUGAACCUCUAUAAAGUCACUGAUUUAGAAGAUUUUGGCAACUCAUGAACAAAAGUCACUUCUGUCCUCAGCUACUGUUGCUUGCUCGAAAAGCUUUAGGAAGACAUGGGUGUUUUACAGUAUUUUUACUACGGUACUGUGAACUCUUGAGUUACUGUUGCAUCUGCUACUGAUAUGAUGUGAAUUGAGUAUUUAGCACUACAUUUUUAACAUUAUUUUAAUUUAUCUGGGUGUAAUGUAGGCUUUAAUAAAUACAAUUCUAUUUUUUACUAUAUUUUUGCAUGCACUGUAAAAAGUGAAAGCUGGUACACUGAAAAAAAAUGAUUCAUUUAAUUUACUCAAUUUUUUAAGGUAAGUGUUGCAAUCAGUUUAUUUAAGCUACAUUUAAGCAAAAAAAGUAAAAUAAAUUAAAAAACUUUUGUUUAAAUGUAGCUUAAAUAAAUUGAUUGCAACCACUUAGCUUAAAAAAUGUAUCAUUUUUUUCAGUGUAUACUUAAAAAUACUUACUUCAAUUGGUAACUUCAAAAAAAGAAUAAGUUUUAUAAACUUAAAUAUUUUUACUUUUAAGUAAAAAAGUAAUGUUGGUGACACCUAAAAUAUUUAAACAUUUUCAACUUAAAAUUUACUUAAAUGCUUAAAAUUUUUAGGCAUUACCAAUUGAAUAACUUUGUAAUUUGAUCCAACUUUUACUUUUUACAGUGUUUAAAUCUGUCAGAUUCCACAUAAAAGGUUUUUAUAGUCUAAUAUUAGAUGGCAAGGCAAGUUUAUUUGUAUAGCACAUUUAAAGUGCGUUACAUAAAAAUUAUUAUUAAAGAAAAAAGAUACAUAGUAAAUAAAUGUAACAGUAAAAAUAAGAUAUUAUUAAUUAUUAAAAAUUAAAUUGCAGUUCAAACCAAAGAUGCAUAAAAAUAAAAAAUCCUCUAACUGUAUAAAAAAAAUUAUAUGCUCUAAAAAUGCUAAUUUAUUUUCAACCCAGCGUUGGGGCAACCUUAAAGAUCCACCGAUAUAUCGGCCAAUAUCGGUACCGAUUGAUAGUUUAAAAACAGCCGAUGGUCAUGGCCAAUAUAUCCUGCCAAUCAAAGGAAACAGAAAAAUGCAAUGAAUUAAUGGUCAUUAUAUGAAUGAAUAACAUUUUGGAAAACUAAAUCUUCAGAAUAUCACUGACUAAUUGGCUAUUGGUGGAAAAGUUUUAUAUGGGUGCGUCUCUAGUCAAAAAAAUAGAAAAAAGAUUUGCACACUGUUAUGUUCCCUUUAUUUCCAAAAGUUAAAAAUCAGCAACGAUUCGGUCAAAAAUGUUGCUUUUGCUUUUUUAACUUUUUGAAUAAAGGGAUCAAAACAGUGUGCAGAUCUUUUUUCUAUUUUUUGAUUCGUCCUUUGAUCUUGCUCCUGGUCAAGACUGUUUUGGAUGUGCUUAUGUAUCUCUAGUCAACCCAGAAUUUAAAUUAACCUAGAAAAUGUUUAUAUUUAACCCAAUGACCCAGCAUGGGUUAAAUUACAGCCCAAUGAAUUGGGUUCAUCCUUUUUUGAAAAAUUGUAUUUCUAUAUUUAAAAUAUAUUUUUUUAGUGUAAGUACAGAAAUGAAAGUGCAGUCACUGUGACUGUGCCUGACUGUGACAGGCAUUGUGUAAUUGCACAGCUAAACAGAUGCAAAAAAUCCACAUAAUAUGCAGGAUAGCAACAGUUGCUAAGGCAGGAUGGUGAGUGAUGUUUAUAAGGCGGGGCUUAGCAAAGUUUGACCAUACAGAGAUCUUUUGGAUUGCAUGUGCCUCAAACAGCUGUCAUUUAAAGACCUAUUAUAAACAUAUAUUUAUAAUAAUUUCUCUGCCAUCCUUAAUGAAUUAGAUCAAGCCUAUCGCAGUGCAAUCUGGGAUUGCCUUCUUUUACAAAAGAUACAUGCGAUGUUGCCUUAGAUUUUGGCCAAAACGAGGUAUCUUAGGAGCGCAGUAUGAAGUGACUGCCUAUUGUUUGGAAUGCACAGUGAUGCCUUAAUGCGCUGUUUAGGUAGGCAGCUCACUAGGUUUGGGAACAAGCUAUAGCGUCCACAUACAGAAACUUACAUGCGUGUUUAUGUGCAGGACUCCCUGAUAUAUGUGGGUACAAGCCUUGUUUGUGAUGAUCAGGCCUUAACAUUCCAUACGAGUGUGAAGUAGCAUGUAAAGGGAUCAUCUUUUGUGCCUGUGCGCCGUAGCUUCGGUCAGUGUAUGUUUAAACUGCGGCCCAUCGGCAUAACGGUCAUGUGAAUGCAAGGCAAGCGACAGUGUCUUUAUUUAGUUUCGGACGGUUUCACCCGAAGCGUUUCGAAACAUCGCUUUCACUUCUCAAAAGAAAUUGAAUUUUGUUGACGUUUACAGUCUUAAAGCAAAACUAUUCAGGUCUGUAUAUCUUAAGGAUUGUCAAGAUUUUUUGCAAACAAAAAGAAGUUACUUAUUUUUGGUAAUUUGUUCUUUUUUAUGGAAGAGGAAAAAUCAAAUUUGAAACCUCAUCGGGUUUUUGUACCACUAUAAUCAUUCAAGAAAUCAUGGUGAAAAAAAAUCAUAUUUACUGUGUAUUUACCUAAUUUCUUAUUCUGUGCCUUAUUAUGUGUUUCAUAAUCAAAUAGGUUUUAGAAAUUUUACCUGAAAUAUCUUAUGUACUAUUAUUGUGGGAUUGGUGAAAGGGUUGAUUUUAUCUUUAUUUUAUUUUAUUGUCGUGUAGCUCUUAUAGAUGUGUAUUUUGUGGGGACUCAGUACCAUGUGGUCUUAAAAUGAUAUGCGAUGUAAGUUAUGAUGUAUGGUGCUGUGAAUGCUCUUUUCAUUUUUCUCUGUUAGAAAAAUGAAGGGUGAACUCAAUGGUCAGAGUAUGCUGUGGGUCUCUAUUCUCCUUACAUUUAUGAACGUGUGAAGUGUACAUAUGUGUGCUUAUUAUACGCAGCCUUUAUGGUCUAGAAAAAUGUUUUUCCUCCAACCGCGAUAGAAAUAUUUAUUGAUCUGAGAUUACGGAGGUCGCUGUAGAUGUUGUUAUUAUGCUGUGAUAUGAGCACAUCUGUGAAGUUUCGUGCAGAUUAAACAAUCCACAAGCUUUUAAACACAUUGAUAAACAAUCUUUGAUGAUUCAUAAUUCAUCCAUAACUGAAUGUCUUGUCCACAAGCAUGCAGAAUACUUUUGUAGUUAUUAGAGAUGCACCGAUACUAAAUUUCUCUACUGAUAACAUAACCGAUUAUUAGGUGUAAUGUCUCCUGGUACCGAUUAUAAAUACCAGUAAUUUGGUGGUUUGAUCUUCAAUACUUUCAUUUAAAUUAAUAAUAAUAAUAAUAAUGACACAGUUUUGCAAGAUAUGCAAAUUAAAACUUGAUUCUUUUCGUUCCAUUAAGUUGUUUCAAAGUAACUGGUCUUGGAUAUAAAACAAAACUGUUACUCAAAUUGACAUUCUAACUAACAUAAAUUCUGAAUAUUAAUAUAUUAUUUCCUAAUUUUUAUGAAUUAGUAACAUUUAGUUUAUUACUAUCAACACUAAACAUCUAGCCGGUAAUGUGAUGUGUGUAAAGGAAGUGUUAAGAAACAGUGUGAUGCGUUUCCUGCAGCCGAUUAUUGUAAAACUUCUAGACGAUGGUGUGGGGAAAAAUUGCUUUUACCAUCUGAUACCGGUUAUUUCCCGAUAUACAUCAAGUUGGUGAUUUUUCUUAACACUACCUUUACAGACAGCACAAUUCUAUUUAUUUCCUGCCCCCUUUUAAUGGACAGAAAUAAUCGGCCGAUUAUUUUAAAACUGGUGUGAAAAUUUUUUUUUACCAUCCGAUAACGAUUAUUGCCCGAUAUAUACAUCAAGCUGGUGAUUUUUCUUAACACUUCCUUUACACAGCACAUUUCAAUUUGGUUCCUGCCCCCCUUUAAAUGCACAGGAAUAAUCGGCCGAUUAUUGUAAAACUUUCGGUUGAUGGUGUGGAAAAAAUGCCUUUUACCAUCUGAUACCGAUUAUUGCCCGAUAUAUACAUCAAGAUGGUGAUAUUUCUUAACACUUCCUUUACACACAGCACAAUUCAAUUUGGUUCCUGCCUCCCUUUAAAUGCACAGGAAUAAUCGGACGAUUAUUGUAAAACCUUUGGACGAUGGUGUGGAAAACUUUGCUUUUACCAUCCGAUACCGAUUAUUGCCCGAUAUAUACAUCAAGCUGGUGAUUUUUCAUAACACUUCCUUAACACAAAUCACAAUUUGAUUUGGUUCCUGCCCCCUUUAAAUGGACAGGAAUAAUCAUGCGAUUAUUGUUAUACUUUCUGCCGAUGGUGUGAAAAUUUGCUUUUAACAUCUGAUACCGAUUAUUGUCCGAUAUAUCGGUGCAUCUCUAGUAGUUAUUAAAUAGCACUGAAGGUUUCACGACAGUCUAAGAAAAUUGCAAAUUAAAUGUGCUACGACUAGAAAGGUCAUCAAAAUUCAUAGAUUAAAAAGGAGGAACAAACACUGUUCUGUUUCUCAAACCUGAUUACUUCUCUGGUAUCUAAAUGUGUCCCUGAAUGCAAAAUUGAUAAAGAAUCCACGGAGACCCAGAAGCCCACAGCAUCCACUCAGACAGUUCAGGUCUGCCUUCCAUUUUGCUUUCGAGUGACAAUGAUACACCUGAGAUCUCCAGCUGUGUGUUUUGGAGUUGAUAUCUUAUUUACUGUAUCUUAUAGAUUAAUUUUAAGGGGUUUCGUUCUUGCUGUGGCGAUACUUAUCUGUUUAGUUCCUUAUUUUGGGUUGUUUGUGGUUUUUCUUAUUUGGAGUGUGAAAACUGGUUCAAGAUGGUUGUCUGUCACUCUGUUCAGUUCUGAGUCUGUAGUCUCCAUUGAUGUACGAGCAGGGGAGCGAGAGAAAAAAAACGACGUGCUUGCUCCAAAUACUAAAAGGUCAUGUUCAUCGAAAGUGUCGGGAAGUUUUAAUAUACUGUAUGCAGCAAGUCGGCCACAAUCUGCUGCCGGCUGGAACGCUUUUUAUUUAUGAACAGGAGAAAAGCCAGACUCCGUAAAACGUGUCACAGAAGUCAGAUGAUGCCUCAUAACGCUCAAUAUUUUCCAACCAUGUCUUGACUCAGGCAAACAACUAUGUUUUCUCGUCAAUAUCCACGGUCACUGAAACGGUUACAUGUAUAUGGUUUUUCCAGGUUUUUUACUACACAAAAGUCACAAAUAAUGCAGGACCAAAGUUUAUGUGCCUUUCAUCGAGCUUAUUUGUAACUUAUUUCCUGGCUGUAUAUCAGAAACCAACGUCUUGUAGUCUUCACUUUCGAUCAUUGUUACAAGUCUGAGAAACGCAUGCGUGUCCCGCAGUACGUUCGCAGUUUGUUUUAUUUAAAACUCAGAAGGUCAAGCCAUAUCCUUUCCCUUGCAAACCAGGCUCAUGUACGAUACUGAAUGUGUUACACGGCCCUUGGCGAUUCAUUUAAACAGCCUUUCAGUAUUUCAUGAACGGCCUCAAUCUGUCCUUGGUAGAUUAUCAAAGAUUAUCUUGACAAAAAACUUAACUUUUGUAAAAUUUCUUCAUAAAUUCCAUAUUUAAAGCUUUACUUUAAAAUGUACAAUAAACCAACCUCAAAAAACCAAAAACCAAAGGACUUGAAUCGAAUUGGAAACAGUGCAGCACUAUUUAGGUGCGACUGAAAUAUUUUAAUAUUAUUACGUUAUGUAAAGUUGACCCUUACAAUCAAAUCUAGUACAAAUUGCAGCCAUAACGCUUUCUAUUUUCUUCUCAUUUAUAAAAAUUUAUGGGCUAUCGUUUAUGCUAACUGAUCUGUAUGAUUUGCAUAAAUGGGAGGAGUUACGUUAAAUUCGCUAAACCAACGCAAUCUCGUGGCAAUGCGUACGUAGUUUACGAGGUGGCUAAUUCAUAUGACCACAUUCGUACGUUUUUGUACGAUUUGCUUUCGCCCAUGUGACGCAUGGGGUUUCGUUAUCGUUUUAUUAUACGACAAGCGUAUGUUUUUGUACGAUUCACUUUGUACGAAUUAGCCAACUCGUAAAAUACAUACGAAUUCCCGCGAGAUCAGGCUGGCUAAACUGAGGUGUCACUCAGGCGUACAAAAACGCCCGAGUUGACCUCAGGACGUCUGACACGCAAUGAAAUAUCUAAUUUAUAGUUUUUAUGAAUGUUUCACUACCAAAACGAAACUAAUGCUGUAAAUAUGUGUUCCCUUUUAGUGUUUUUUUAACCUGGCCAAAAAAAAGAAAAUGGUUUCGGGGAACAAGAUAUACCAACACAACGCAAAUAUGAACUGGUUUUAUAUUUAUGAAAAUGAACAGAAAUACACACUUUGUCUUCUGUAUUUUGAUAUCAUACCAGUACCAGCUUUCAUUUGUAAAGCAGUUCAUGUGAUGUGUGUGUGAGAACUGGGGUGAGACACGAGUGUAUCCGGUUUAUGGGUUUGAUGUAAUAAAUGCAAAUAGAAGAUAAACUAUUAAAGAUACAUAUUUUCUAA